UCGGCUGCGAUCCACUUGAGUAUCAUUCACUCCUGAAUGUCCAUGGAUCCACCGCGUGUUCAGCCGCAUGUGUUCAGUGCCUUGAUUAGCACAGAACUCUGUGUAGCGCUGCGGUAGACGAGGAUUGAACGGAGCGCAUGAGCAGCGGGAAAAAUGAGAAAACUGGUCCUUUUCAAAUGCGGACCGUGUGAAUUUGGCCUCAAGGACACUUGAUGGAUAUGUACGUCAGGUGGCUGAAAGAUCUACAUCGAUUGCCUCUUAUCGAGAGAUUUCACUUUCCGAUAGAAGUUUAAUGGGGGAAAAACUCAAUGAUCCGGACAGAACCGCGCUUCCAGUAAAACCAGUUCAUAAGCUAACGACGCUCGACUUUUACUCAUAAAACGAGGCAGCUGCUAUAAUAGCAGCGUGCGCAAAUUUCCUGUAAUACCUACACAAACAGCGCGCGAUUAAGAUCCGUUGCAGAAAGAUGAAACCUGCUUAUGCAACAGCUCGAUAGUCAGAGGGUUCUGAAACCGCUUCGAAACAAGUGGCUAAGAAGUUGAAGAGUGUUUUUCCCCGGCGUCGAGAACUGGUUCAAGAUAAGAAUGAGCUCGUCCAACUCCGAGACGAGGUCCAUCAACGUGGAAGUGCGGAAGCCGAACCUCUGCAAAAGGUAUUUCGGAUGGAUUCGCUACGUGUCGGUGGAGCCCACAAUGUGGCUCUAUAUGAUGGCUUACAUGACGACUUCCGUCGUCGAGCAGGCCUUCUACGUGAACAAAGCGUGCCGCGUCGACCAUGGAUUGUCGGAAGAGAUCUGCGACAAUUUAACCGGGAACGAUACGCUGCAGACAGAAGUUCAAGUGACGGUAUCGACCUUCCAGCAAUGGAACGACAUCGCAAGCCAUGCAUUCCCCAUAAUCCUGGCACUCUUUAACGGGAAUUGGAGUGAUCGCCGAGGGAGAAAAGCUCCGUUGGUGAUCGCGCUGAUUGGGAAGAUAAUAUUCUCCUUCAUGAUCGUGGUGAACUCGGUAAUGGACACCUGGACAUUGAACAUGGUCCUCUACACGGCUAGCUUGCCAAUGGCCAUACUGGGCAGUGACGUCGCGAUAUUCGCAAGCUGCUUCUCUUACAUUUCGGACGUGUCUUCGGUCACUCAGCGAACAAUUCGCGUCGCCAUUCUGGACGUGGUUUACUUGAGCACUAUGCCUACAGGAAUUAGCCUGGGCUCCUAUCUGUUCAACAAUGUGGUCAACAAGUCCUACACGAUAAUGUUCGCCAUCAACGGUACGCUCCUAAUUCUCGCCGUUAUCUACUCCGUCUUGAGACUAGAAAUGAGAACGACACCGCAGCAGAUGCCGCUGGAUAGGGGGAGCAACGUGUUCCUCGAUUAUUUUGACAAGAAACACGUCGUUGCCAGUAUAAAUACUUUGAUCAAGCCGAGACCCGAACGCAGGAGACUCUACUUGUGGACUCUGCUGUUGGCCAUGGCUCUUUACACCUUCCAAAGAAACGAGAGAGAAAAGAGCUACCUCUACACCGUGAAAACAUUCUCAUGGGACGUUGCAACUUUCAGUAGAUUCCGAACCGUCCAAUCGAGUUUAUUCGUCGUAGCAAUGCUCUUCGGCAUUCCGAUCAUGAGUAAAGUCUUUAGGAUGCGAGACACCUUGAUUGUAGCCGUUGGAGCAAUAUCCCAUGCGAGUGGCCGUGUCUUUUACGCAACUGCAACUAGCCCGGCUCUGUUCUACGUAGGUGCCGUGGUCGCUGCUUUGGGUCCAAUAGUGGCGCCAGUUCUCAGGUCGAUGAUGUCAAAGGUUGUUCCAGUGUCAGAAAGAGGGAAAGUGUUUGCUCUUCUGUCCGUGUGUGACAAUGCUGUACCGCUCGUCAGCACCGUCUUAUACUCUCAACUUUACAACGCCACUGUAAAGACGACUCCAAGCUCAAUUUACUGGCUGACGUUCAGCACUCAAAUCGCAGUUCUGCUACUUAGUAUGGUGAUUCACGUGUCCCUGGGAUCCCGACGGUUGGAAUCCGUGAAUGAAGAGACCGACAGUAUCUGCAGUUCUCCGGAACUCACCAAGAACGAUCCAUCGCUUGAAUCGUUUGACGAGAAAACGAACGCUGUAGCUUGACUUGCGAGAAAAUACGCGUUAAACGUGAUUUAGAAUUAUAGUUAAUUAUUAAUUUAUACACGUAGACUGCCAUAUUUAGUCUAUAUAGGUAUUAUAUUCGAAUUAGCAGCUACUUCGUGAAUUGUCAGUGAUGUUCAAAUUUGUACGGCUUUAAUAAGCUGAUGCAUAUUUCGAACCUACAUAAUAUACAUAUAAUAUAUAUGUAUAUGUAUGUAUCAUACACAACAGCUCUACGCGAAUCUUAACUAUACCUUGAAUCAGACUGAAAA